UUGUGUUGUUCGUUUGUUCGUUAUCUUCUUCAAACAAACGAACAAACAAACAGACAAAACAGAGAAACUCACAGGUCGGAUCUGAUUCCUCUGCUGGGGAUCAGAUUCUUCAAGCCGACGAUUUCGCCAAUAGGUCACAGUCUUCAUCUUUGGUCAACGCUAAGGUUUUAAGGUUCACAUAAGUAUCAAGAGAUUCUAGGAACUUUGGUUAUGGAUUCUGGUAAUGGCCAUCAAGAGCCAUAUCGAACCAACUCUUUUAGCCGAGAGAGCAGUCUAGGCUCUUCUUUAAGUUUAUCACGUAGCUUGCCUCUAUUCAUUACCAAUGAUGUGGAUAGUGAGAAUGUCUCAGAGGCUGGGGAUAUUGGGGACCGUUCACUUCGGAGAAGACAUAGUAGUGGUAGAAGUAACCGUUUGUUUUCUUCUGGGGAUUUGUUAGAACAAGGGACUGAUGAUACUUCUCGUCAAGAACAAGGUGCAUUACAUAACAUAAGCUCUGUAAUCAAACCUUUGCCUGAGCACAUGACAGCAUCACCUUUACCAACUAAGUCACUCUUGUCUCCUGAGACAAACAACCCGGUAAAGAAGGAAGAGCCUGUGUUACCAAAAUCCUUGGAAUACAUAUCUUGCCUGAUUCAUUUGGCUGUUUUUGGGAUCCUUGGGGCUAUUACGAGAUAUUUGCUGCAGAAACUGUUUGGACCAAGUGUUGCUCGAGUAACCAGUGAUGGUAGCAUCUUGUACCUUGAUCUCCCCUCCAACAUGGUAGGAUCAUUCUUGAUGGGUUGGUUUGGGGUCGUGUUCAAAGCAGAUAUAACGAGAGUUUCCGAGUUUUUAGCGAUAGGAUUAUCAACUGGCUACUUGGGAAGCCUCACAACAUUCAGUGGUUGGAACCAGAAAAUGCUUGAUCUUAGUGCUGAUGGCAAAUGGUUGUACGCUGUGCUUGGCUUCCUUUUAGGAUUGUUUCUUGCAUCAUACUCCAUCAUUCUUGGGGUAGAAACAGCCAAAGGAUUCAGAUGGCUACUUCACAUAAGAGCUUCUUCUUCUAAAGAGGAAAGAAACUCUUGUUUUGAAGUUAACACAUUCAAGAGCCAUAUUGUAUCUAUGACCUUGAUGCUUCUCUUGCUUGUGGCGUUACUCACUGUGAGUGCCACUCAGCUUGUAAAAGAGUUUGACAAAGGAACAAGCGAGGCUCAGCUGUGGCUAGGAUGCUUAGUUGCAGCCCCUGGUGUCUGGCUGCGAUGGUUUCUUGCUCGACUCAAUGGACGUGGACUGGGGAAAGAUAGACAAUACUUGAGGUGGGUCCCGUUUGGCACUGUUAUUGCAAAUGUAGCUGCGGCUUCUGUCAUGGCAGCUUUGGCCACAUUAAAGAAAUCGGUGGAUACGAAAACAUGUAACACAGUUGCUUCUAGCAUUCAAUUUGGUCUGUUGGGAUGUCUAAGCACAGUUUCCACCUUAAUGGCAGAGUUCAAUGCGAUGAGAGAAAGUGAUAACCCAUGGAGAGCCUAUGCGUAUGCAUCUUUCACAAUCGCGGUUUCUUUUGCCAUUGGAACUGUUAUAUACUCUGUACCUGUUUGGGUGGUGGGAUUCAGUUAAUUGUAUAUAGAUGAAUCUUUGUGCAAAGAGUUUUACACGAUGUGAAUGUUAUAUUUGUCAACAUUUGGUAGAGAUGAAUGAUGAUAUUGGUGACAAUAAUGUUACCUUUGUGCAAAAGUUUUAAGAUCAAACGUGUAUAUAGUGAUAACUUUUUUUCCUGCUUUGCAUAAAAUACAAUGAUCUGUAUUAGGAUCUGAAUCACACUGCUUAUUCCAAUGAGGUGUCUUGUAAUGGUGAUCAUAAGAUCGUAACGACUGUUUUUUACACAACACAGAUUUGUGAUGGUGGGC